AGAAAAGGAAAAGAGACAGGAACCAGACUCAAUGCAGUUUUCCAUGCUGGUUUUAAUCUCAUUUAGAAGCAUGUGCUGGGUUUUUAACUCUUCAGUUGCAUCUUCAGAGUACAGUAAAAAGGACUGUUGUGUUUUCUGCAGAACAAGCUAAAUCUUCAGCUGAAAUGCUGACUUGUAUUCAGCAUCCUGGUAAGAGACAGCCAUAGCAGGUCAUGACAAAAAUACAGGCAUACUGGGCAAGUUGCCUCUUUGCUUUCUGAGAAAUCAGAUACUCCCAAGCUGCCAAAAUGAGACAGUUAUGCUGGCUGGUUUUACAGGACUGGAGGGGAUAGGGAAGAUGGAUUGUUGUGAACUGUUAGAAACUCUGCUUUUGCAUUUGGUAACAUUGGGACAUUUGCAGAACUUGCCAACACAAGUUACUGUCUUUUUCUUUACACCAGAGCUGAACUGGAGAUGUGGUGGGAAAAUGACUUUUCAAUACCAAAGUUAAUUCAAUUCUUAGUCCCACAUCUACAGUUGCAUGUAGAAGACAUUGAUUGCUGGGUUCAAGUUCAAUAAGUAGCAGAGAAAAAAAAAGUCUUCCUGGAAUGUGUCAGGCUUUGGCAGUAUUCUGGGCCCAAUUUUACCUGUCUGUUGAAGCAUCGGGGUUUUGGUGGGGGAGGAGAAUGCAGCAGCCCCCCCAUGCAAGAGUGGUUGCUCCUGUCAGCUGUUAGAUUGUACCCUUAGCUCCUCAUGUUCAAGGCAGAUAAAUACUGAAACAAGUGGGCAGGGCUCAGGAAGAAUAAGAUAGAAUGUGAUGGUCUGUAGUAACUGAGAUACCUACCAAGGUUUCCAAUGCUAUUGUGCUGUACAUUAACAAAAAAAAAAAAAAAAAAGAUUGAGCAUUAAGAUGGAAACAUGCAAACCCUGCAUUUUCUAUCCAUACAGUUAGUAGUGUCUAUCUUGCCUAGGUUUGAAUUUGCUUCUGUUGAUGCUCUAUGUGCAGGAACAAAAAGUAUGAAAAAACAAGUAUUUUGAUUUUGUUUUGUUGUUUGUUAUUUAUCUCAGCCGGCCAGAAGGCUAUGUCAGAGCUCUCGUUCUGUAGUGGCUAUGCUGUUCUCUGAAAGAUAAGUUGGAGUCUAUCUCUGUUCUGUUUCUACAGGCAGAUCUAAGCAAGUUCUGCCCAUUCUGUGAAGGUCUGAACAGCAGCCAGAGCUGGGCUGGGUGGCCCUGCAGAGGGGGAUGAGGUGGGGCUGUGCAGGGGCCCAAUUUCCCUGGUGCAGAACCGGCUCCUGUGCAAGUAGGUGAGAGGAGGUGGUAGAAGUCUGGGGUGUUGUGUAGGAAGACAAUAUGGGCCUGUUUAGGUCACUGUAAACAGUUAAUGUGUCCCUGGAAAUGUUCAAGGUCGGGCCAGAUGAAGCUCUUAGCAACAGGGUGUAGUUGAAGGUGUCCCUGCUCAGUGCAGGAGAAUUGGGCUAGAUGAUCUUCAAAGGUCCCUUUCGGUCCAAACAGUUCUAUUAUUCUGUGAUUUUUUGAAAUAAAUACCUUUUUGGAAAGAUUUUGAAUUGUGAGAGCUAGAGUUUAACCUGUUGAGCAAAGGGCUAAAAUACAAGUGGUGUAAUUGAUUGUAUAUGUGAGUAAAGAAAGAUUUCUGUGCCUCCCUGCUUGACUUUGGGUACUGGAUGGGUGUGUUCACACACAUCAGUGAUCAGAAGAAAUGUGCAUGGCCGUAUUUCCAUGCCUCAGGGAGGUGCAUAAAUAAACAUACUUUGAGCAUUGCCACAGCUAUCUUGGAUGUCCUUGGCAGAAAAGCAAGGUGGGAGGAUAUUGGAGCCGAUGAGAUUAAAACUAGUUCAGGUAUGCUUACCCCAAGCCAUGAUAGAACAUGAAUGGUAGAGAUGUAAAAUGCAGGAGCAUAUCCCAGGAGAUGUGGGAUUGCUCUAUCUCCCUUUGAUUCUUGUUUGCAAAAUUCUUCUCUUUCCAAAGACUUUGGUUGGCACCACACAGCCAGCAGUGCUAUGGAAAACGAGCUUGGCACUGGGUAAAAACAAGGUUGUGUCUGUUGCUGUCCGUCUACAGAGCAUAAGAACAUGCAGCAUCCAAAAUAUGAAUAGAAAAAAUGAUUCAAUUUCAAUUCAAUUACUUCUGUACAAUUACUCAAAACAACUGAUGUCUGUUGUUACUCAUUAAUAAAUAUAGUUGUGCCUUAUUUUCUUCAAUAAAUUUCUGUAAUUAUAAACUCUAGGCAGAUACAGCACUGGGGAGAGAAGAGAUAGAGAAGAUUACAUUAAUUGCUUCUCCUGCAAAGUGUGAUUCUAACAUAAACAGGUCACUUGUGGCUUUGUGUUUGGAAGUGCAUGUGCCCUAGGAAUUCUGUGGCAGUUGGAAUUAAGAAUAGGAGGUCUUUCUGAUGGGAGAGUCUCCUUAGUCUUUUUAAAAGGGAUAGCGGCAUACACAUUAGCUGCCUACAAAUGUUGUCUCUGUGGCUGUGUAGCAUGAUUACAAUCUUCAGGUGUCCUUCCUGGCAGAACAGUAAUAAAAACAAUACACUUGAUUUUCUUUCAUGAAAAGCCAGGACUAGCUGCUCUGGAGAUGACGAGCAAUCAAUUCCAACCUUAUGUAAGAUGAACGCUCCAUGGAAGGGAGCUGGAUGUUUUGAUUGUUGGUCAGUUUGGAGGAGACAGGAGCUGCAAGGCAAGGACUUCUCCUCCCACCCUUGCCUCCAGUGGAAGUGAAAAGUUGCUUCUGUCAGUGCUCAAGACCACAAGACUGCUGAUUAGUGCUCUUGUUUUGUAAAUGUCUGUAUUACAGAAGGCUCUGCUGCCUCUCAGAGCUGUGCAGCCUCCAGUUUACCAGGUGUUCCUCUUUAAUCAGGGCAGUCAAUUGCCUCACUGUUUAUAAAAGGCCUUAAGUGAGGAAGUAAUCAGCACUGUCUAUUAUAGCAAGAAUAGGAUUUGCAAUCAAAUAGUGACAUGACUAAUGUCAUUGAAGCAUUAUUGCAUUGACAGCUUCAUAUUCUCAGGCCACAUGCCCCAAAUUGUGUGUGGGGGAAAAGAGUGUGUUACAUUGUGUGGCUCAGGUAAUGCAAGGUUAUUAAGUUGCCAGUUUGCUGUAGAGCAAGCCCAGAUAUUCAAAUGAGUGGGGUCCUUGUCCAUCAAUGCAGUUAACUCAGACAUCUCACUGCUGUCCUGAAGCUCACCCCAGUGAUAAGCAAGUGUGUGAGCAAAUUCAGGCAAAAGUGGAUGCUGAGAAAGAUCACAGAAAUUCCUCCGUGAAGGAUCUCCUGAGCUGAAGAGAAAGCUAUUUUGAGCAGCAAACAUAGGAAUGUUCCAGGAAACUACUCCCAUUUAAACUGGUAUCUAAUUAUAGCUCCCAAUUCCUUUCACUUCCAUCAGCAGUACUUUCUCUUCUAACUUUUAGUAAGGUUACAGGAUAACUCAGGUUGGAAGGGAAAUAACGUACCAACAAUUAUGAUAUCUCUCAUAAAUGCUUAUUGUAUAGGAUGGGGACCUUGCCCCUUUUUUGAGUUCUUGAUUGUGUAAAAGGAGACAAGGAAACCCCACCCAGGAUACAAUACUUUCUAAACAUAGUAUUAUUAAAUCUUUCCUCCAGAUUUAUACAUGGUUUCAUUUCUUCUGUAUAUUUCCAAGCAAUCAGCCAAUUAUGUUAAAGAAAAGGGGAGUUUAACACUGGAGGAGAUCAGUUUUUAUGGCUGGAAAUAAUUCAUGAAUUGGAGUGUCAGAUCCAUUUUCCUAAAUGACAUCAAGCAUUAAGAGCCAGUCUUGGAAGAUGUUACAGUCCCAAAAGGGGGGCAAGAAAGUGCAGUUAAAUAUGUGGAGAAAGUAGCACGGAACAUUCACUCCCUGUUGCUGCAGACCCAGCCAGCAUGAGACCACCCUGAAGCAUUUGUGGCUUCAAGCCAAAGUGCUGAGUCAAAGUGCAGUGGAACAUAGACAGUCUUCUUAGCAUUUCUCAUAUCAGUUAGACAUCCAUCUCUUCUCCAUAGAAGGAAUGCUAUUCUCACAGUGGGAAGGAUUCAGCUAGGGAUGCUUUCCAGAGAGUUACAUUUCAAGGGUGGGUAAAGAUUAAUACUCAGCUCUCUUAGAAGAGUCUAGAUGCAAAUGUGGUCUUUAGAAGCUGGGAUCUCUUUUACUUGAGAUUUUUGUUUGUUUCCAGUCGGUGAAUAUGCUUUGAGGCAUUUGUCACAAUAGAAGUAUCACUUACCUGGGACAGUAACAAAGGACUUUUUGAUGUAGUUACUUUACAGUUCCCUAAAGCUUCUCAUUCCAAUUAAUUUUUUUCCACAAACCUGUUGGGCAUACUAAAAGCUGUAUUUGCUGCAUUCUUAUUCCAUAACCCACUUCUGCUUCCAGGGUAGAGUAGAGCAGUUCUGCAGAAUCAAGGAAGUCUGAAGGGAUUUCAGUUUUAAAGCAGAGCUUUAAACUCAGUGUUUAAAUUAUUAUUUAAUUACCUUUUAUGUGUUUUCUAUCUACUUUGCAUCUCUCUUCUCCAUGUAUUCUGGCACUUGGCUUCUGUUGUGGUUUAAGAAUGGUUUUCUCCAAUUUAGAGUUCCUGCUGAAACCUCCUCAAAUGAUGCACUGCUCUCUCAAUCUCCUCUCCCCCUUCCCAUGGGUGGCUGGAGAGGAGAACUGUAGAAACAAAAAGUAAAGACUUGUAAGAACAAUUUACUGGAAACAGCAAUGAGAAAGCAUUUACUGGAAACAGGAAGAAAACAAACAGUAACAAUAUUAAUAGAAAAAUGUACAAGACAGGUGAAUGAUUCAUAUGCAAAUGCUCACUACCACUCGGAGCCUAAAAUAGCUGAUCGUGCCACACUACCUUGACGUGGAUGAGACCCCUUCUCCCAUUCCUGGACAAUCAUGAGAGGUGAUAGAGAAUAAUCUCCAGGUCCUAGCUGUGCUCCCUCCUGGCUAUUGCAAAAAUUAGCCCUGGCCUGGCUGGAAGCAAGAUAGUUUUUUUCUGCCUGGGUUGUGGGCCUGAAAGAGUAACAUGGAAGUAACAUGCAGUGUCCUAUUAAUAGAAGAGCAAAUUUGUAGGUAUUUAUUUUUGGGGGAAGAUUGAAAGGUGGGGUCAUUAUCUCAAUUUACCUCUAAUGCAUGCAUUGGGUGAAAAUUUUGAGGCCUCUGUCAGGAUUCAAAGAGAGAUUGAGACAGACAUAAUGGUACCUUUCUCUGUAGGAUUCUGAAUGAGGUUUGUUUCAUAGUAACAUAGGGCAAUCUGAGUUGGAAGAGACUGUUGAAGCUCCUGUAAUACAAACCCCAGAGCAGGCGUAUCUUCAGCUACAUCAGGUUGCUCAGAGCCCCAUCCAACCUGACCUUGAAUGUUUCCAGGGAUGGGUUAUUCACCACUUCUCCAGGCAGCCUGUGCCACUGUUCCACUACCCUCAUCAUAAAAAAAUUGUUCCAUACAUCUAGCCUGAAUUCUUUUAUUUUAAACCUAUUUCCCCUUGUCCUAUCACUACAGACUGUAAUAAAUUGUCUGCUUCUGUCUUUCUUAUAAGCCUCCUUUAAGCAGAGGCCACAAUAAGGUCUCCCCAAAGCUUUGUGUUCUCUAGACUGAACAGUCCCAACUCUCUUUUGUUGAUAGCAUUAUAUAUUAAUUAUUUGAAGGCUAAAUAGAAAAACUUAGUAUUUAUGGAAAGUAAAACAUUACCAGUGAAAAUUAAUCCAUAAACAAUAGGACAAAAAGCACUGAAAAGAAACAAUUCCUCUGGAGAUUGAUACAGGGCUCAUUUUUGAGUCACCAGGGUGGAUACUUAGGCAUAAAAAUAUAUGCUUGUUUUGCUAGUCAUGUGUGUGCCUGCUAUAAUGCUGUGUGUCCUGAGUGCUGAGGUAAAGGCUACCCACAGCAUUUCUGCUGUGUAGGAAUUUGAUGCUUUGUGGAACAGUUCACUGUUACCAUCUUGUGGCUCCACAAGAGCAGUGGAGGAGGUGCAGUUGACAGCUGCAAAGGUGAUGCAGGGCAGCUUGUGUUGUGGAACACACAUUUGGGUACGUCACCACUGUUUUGGUGCCCAAACUAAAGUAGAAAUGGCAGGAGAAGACAGCUCUAACAAGAAGGUAUAUGGAUUCAGGCAUGAAGAGCUCUUCAUGCAAGAAAGACUGAGUAGAUUGGCACUGCUUAGAGACGGUAAGAAUAGAGAAAUAGAAUUCUCUGAAAAACAAAUGUGAUGGGAAAAGGCAACCUAGACUCCUCUGCCUAUUUUUCCCUGUCACACAAAGCUGAUCAAUGAACCUGGAAGUCCAAGAGCAUAACAGCUGUAAGGUAUGCUCUGUACCACAUCAUAGCCUACAAUUUCAUUGUCACAUGCUGCCAUUAUCUUAGCCAAUGUUCCAGAAGAAUAAGAAAUAGAGGCAAAUAAUUGAAUAUUGAGGAGCAAGCAACUGUAUCUAAUACCUUCAGUUUUAAUUAUUAAGGUGUGUAAUGAUUCAUGACCACACUUAACUUUCUGGCAGUAGAAAAUAAUUUUUUCUAGCAGCUUAAGCAGCUUACAUGAAGGGAAAGAAGUAUGUCUCCACAGCUGUUUGGGAAGCUGUUCCCAUUUGGGUGGGAGCCUGAAAACUCCCAUUAACUCUCACUUUUAAAGCCUGGCUUCUCAGUGUAUGGAACACUGGUAAAAUGGAAAACCUUAACAUGCAUUCUGAAACAAAUCUGAAAUAUAUCUGGCACUUGGGCGUCUCUCUCCACACAUCAUCAGGCAUGGGAAAAGCUGUACAGAGGGAGGUGGUUAGCACAUGAGCUUGAGUCACAGAAGAUAAGCUUUUCUAUAGCAGCCACCUUUGAGGGGAAGGCAGGAUGGAGACUCUCCAGGGACAGCAUAGCAGUGCCUGUUGCAGCUCGAAGCAACUCAGUUUUGUCCAUGACUUGUUACUCUUUGUAAGUCAGAAAGUUUGUACAGAGGUACAUUAUGCAGUAUUUCUGUUAAUCUAUGGACUAAGCACUGACAAAAUCUGUAUUUCAGUUGACUUUUUUUUUUUUUAAAUUAGAAUUUCAAUUUGAUGUUGUCAUUGAGAGCUAAUAUUUUGGAUAGAAACUUCCAUACAUGCAGGUCAGAUUGUUUAUCUACUAUUUCAGUGCUGAGUGGGUGAGAUAUUAAGUCUAGGUGAUAACAGGCACAAGUUUAGCAUGGUCUCAAGAGAAAAUAAAGUAGUCUGGAGUAUGUGAUGCAACUUUCAAAGCUGUGUUUUUCAGUGUCUUUAAUUUGUAGGCUGUCCUAACAUUUCCUUGUUGGAAGCUUGAACCCUCCGCAUUAGGGAAGGGGGAGAAAAGAGUGUGUUACAUUGUGUGUAGGGGGUGAAUUGGGUAGGCUUGCUUUCCUCAGUGACUUCUGAUAGAUGCUGUAGAAAUUGGUACCUCUGUAACAGAGCAGAUGAGAGGUUUAGGACCCUUCACUGAUAGAAUCGGCGAGCUGUGAGCAAUGGUAACGAGAUUGAUGGGACAGGUUCAUUAGCAAAAAGGAGUUUGUGUGUUUGAAUACCAGAAUGGAGGUGCCUGUUUUCCUGAUGAUGUGCAACUUGUGAUACACAAAAUUGAAGGAUAACUGAAGAGGAGGAAGGUGGUGGGCAGAUGUCACCUUGUUCAACAGGGCUUCUGUGUUCUACCAACAAACAGAUACCAAAAAAGUGAGCCUGAAAGCAUGUUAUGGAGAAUAUAUUAGAUAUUUGUCCACAAUGACACUUCCAUCAGGAAAGAGCCAACCCAACUUCAGACUGUGUUCAAAAGAUUUAAGGUACUGCAUGAAACUGUAAUGGCUUUCUUGUGUGCAUUGGAUACUGAGAUUAUUUUAGGCUGCUGUAUUAUCCCAGUGCUAUUGAGGAACUGGAGAGAACUCCAAGAGCAGCCUAAAGCAUGAGAGUAAGCUGAGUAAUCACCUUAGGAAAAAGUUCUGGGGGCAGUGUGUGCAAACUGACAGCUCUAUUGUGGAGAAAGUGCAUCAUUAAAAACAGUGGAAGAGAAUAUAAUACAGCAGAGAAUGAUUGAUUUUAGUUGUCAGGAUCAAGUAGUGAGAGGAAGUUGAGAAAUCUAAGGUUAAUAACAGGAAACUCCUUCUAGUCAUAGAAUCUGUUUGGGUUUCCCAAAUGCCUUACAAGGAAAAUUAUGGUAGUCAUGCUAACUGAGAUAUUCAGCAAUGAAGCUGAUGAAUCAUUAGUAAAUAUAAAAACCCAUGCCACAGAGGUUGUUUCUUUCCUUACCACUUCCUGUUUGUGAACAUUUAUUUGCCUUGAGCCAAAUAAAGGUGCAUUUUGAGAUUUCUAUGAAUUUGUACUAUAAAAUUAAUUAGAAGAAUGGUGCAUGUUUCCAAACACUUGCAGAGAUAUAAACAUUUUAGUAUCUUCAUUCUCUUUAGGUGGUGCCCUGACUAAUACAGACAAUUCUUGCAUGGGAUAAUAAUUUGCAUUUUUAAUGCAUCUCCUUGGAGGAGUCAUUUGUUGCUUACUCUGAAAUUGGAAUGGUGAUGAAGUGCACUGAGAGCUUAAAAUGAAAGUCAGUCAAACUGAUUUUGGUUUUAAACUGACAAACUGAUUGACUAACCUUAAGUCACCUUGCUAUUGAGGAAAGCAGUAAUGAUCACAGUUUUCUUCAACCUUUGGUGAGUCUGUAGCUUCCCAAUGGGAGUGUCUGUCAGAGUUUGGUUUUGGAUGGAAGUCAGUGGUUCCUUUCAUCCUGCUGCCAGGUAAUGAUGGUGGUACCCCUGUGUUCUUCUGUCCAGCCUGCACCAGGGCUUGGGUUCAGAGUAUGCUUUUUCUGUUAUCACUAAUGUCUGUAUUUGACAUACCUUUCCAAUUUUUUAAUGUGCUUUCAGCUUCCAAACAAUUUGCUGAAGAAGUCUUGAAAGUACACAAUGACUACAGGAAGAAACAUGGAGUGCCCCCAUUAAAACUCUGCAAGAAGUUAAACAGAGGAGCCCAACAGUAUGCAGAAGAACUGGCUACCACAAGAGUCCUCAAGCACAGCUCCGAGUCUGCUAAUGGGAAUUGUGGAGAAAACCUAGCAUGGGCAUCUUAUGACCAAUCAGGAAAAGAUGUGGCUGACAGAUGGUACAGUGAAAUAAAAAAUUACAGCUUUCAAAACCCAGGGUUUUCUUCUAGGACAGGUCACUUUACAGCAAUGGUUUGGAAGAACACAAAAAAGAUGGGAGUUGGAAAGGCAUCUGCUAGUGAUGGCUCAACGUUUGUGGUGGCUAGAUAUGAUCCAGCUGGAAAUGUAGUAAAUCCGGGCUAUUAUGAAGAAAAUGUUCUUCCUCCAAGAAAAUAACUAUUUUUUUAAGGUAGUCUUAUUGCUUAAUGACAAGUGAACCUGGAUUUGCACCUAAUAGUGUUGAAAUGAAGCCCAAUUCAAUGAAAUCCAUUUGAUACUUCUGUUCAUGUCUCAGUGUGGAGGAAGCAAUUACAUUUUGCUUGAGUCAAUCUGCACAUCAGGCCCCUGCUGUUUCUGAGGGGACCUCAGGUUAUUUGAGGAUGAACUAUAAGCAGCAUUUCUGAAGGAUAACAUGGGUAAUUUUUUUUUAAUUGUUUGCAUGAACUCUGUGUCAGCAUGUGAGUAAACACAUGUUGGAUGUCUAUUUUUUUUUUUUUUGAACAAACAAAUGUAUAGCUUUCUGGAAACUGAAGACACCAGCUUGUAAUUAUAUUAUGUACUCCCAGCUGUCCAAUACUUCUUAAUAACUGUACCUUAGUUGCUCUGUCUUUACCUCCUGCUGUUGUAGGACCCUACUCUCUGCAGAUGGAACACAUGCAAAACUUCCUGUAUGAAAGGUACCUGUGUAAAAUGUAGUGGAAUUCAGACCUGUGUGUUUUUAUUAAGAGGAUCUUGCAGAACACUAAAAGGCUGCUGGCAAAACUGUGGACAGCAAGCAAGCUGUACCUAAUGCAUGAUCUAAAAAAAAACCCUAAAAUUUUUUAAUCCCAUUUUAGAUGCUGAUAUGUAAAAUAUGUUUGAGAUGAGUAUAUUUUAAGUUCAAAGUGCAUCCUACAGUUUACAGUAUGUACCUUGUAUUAUAAUCAAAUUGUUUACUUCCAUUGCAUAAAAAUAAGAUUCUACUUUUUUGAUAUUUAUGCACAAAAAUGUUUCUUUGAUGGUGUACUUUGGAUUUUGUUUCUCAGUAACUUAUUUUUAUUUCCUAAGGAAUAUCUUUUAAAGGUGCCAUGCUAUACAGGCAAUAACAUUCGCAAAUCAUCUCAUCUUCUUUAAUAAUGUAACAGUAGGGGUAUUCACAUUGUCAUAAUUAAAAGAUGUUUGCUCUUUAUUAAUAUUAUUCAGUAAUAGUACUAUUUCAUGUGCUGGAUUGAUGCCUUGAAAACAAUGAAGAUUUAAUUUCCUUAAGAACAAGCCAAGCAAAAAUUCUGGGGACACUCUUUUCUCUGAUUAAAUGUGGAUUGGGCCAUUUUGGCCAGGUUCAUAUAUACUCUGCUUCAAUUUGGGGGCUUGUUUUCUUUGUAAAAGUUUCUCUUGACUUUUGCUGGGAUUCUAUAUGCCAUAAUCUGGUUCAUGGACAGUGCCAUUACAGAAAUAUUUCUUUUUGUUUACACAGUUGUAAUAAACUGCACUCUUAUGGCUUGAUUAUUUGUCACUGUGAUGCUGUUUGUUACAAUUUUUUUGGUGUAACCAAGAAUUUGACACAUAUCAUGAACAACUGAAAAAUAAAUAUUUUUUAAUAUGAA